ACGGACCCCUGAACUCCUGUGAACCAUAACGAGUGUGAGCUCUCUAAACAUCAGGAACUAAGACAACAUGUCAGUAGUGAUCAUGUAUGGAUUAUGACCGAGGGCUGAUUGAUUUCACACCAUGGAUUCUGUGGCGAGGUGAAUUCCAACUCAGUGCUGUCAUGAGAUGAGGUGGAGGAGGGCCAGGCAUUCGAGCAGGAAGGUGAAAGCUCAGAGGAGGAGACUAUGCCGGAGGAGGAGAGGAGUUGGAGCAGCUGACGGAGAGAUGCUGGAAAGUGGAGUCAGCAUCUAACGGCAACAACAGACAUGUGUUUGAAAUCACAAAAUAAUAAUAAUGUUGGGUCCGUGCUGUAGUGUGGAGGAAUGACACAGAAUCCAGAGACAGAAGACAGCUGGAGAAAAGAAGGAUGAAACAAAUCUUCCCAGAGAAAGUGUCCUUGUAUCCUUCCUUCUUCUAGUGACUUAGUACUGACCACAGCACAUUCAUCAUCAGAGCUUUCACAUCAGAAAGCUGAGUCAUCAGAAAACAGCCAUCUCCACUUUUUCUCCCAUAGCCCACCAUACCUAGCAGGAACAUGCAGACCAUCCAGUUGCUGGGCAAAAUGUCUAGCAACUAUCCUACAGGAGACUCUGCAGACAACAUUGUGAUGCCAGUCAGGCAUAUAGUAAAGACAUAAGAGCCCUAUGUAAUAAGUUGGAGACUUUUCCUCCAUGCAUGGAUACUGAAACGGAUACAAAGGAUACUGUAUGGAUACAAAAAUCUCUGCAUGCAAACAAAAGGAUGAUGAGACUAUCCAGGAAUUUUAUGUUUGCCUAACUGAUGUUUUCACUGUACACAAUGGCACUGACCACCCUGCAGACCUGGGCAAUGAGAUUACAGGGAAGCUGAUCUGAAAAAUGGCUUUAUCAAAGGUCUCUGGGAGGAGAUGGCGGCAAAGGUUGAGAGAAACUUUGUUUCCUGGGAAAACUACACACUAGGAAAGGUCAGGCAUCAUGGUCAUGUUGAAAAUGACCUUAAAGCCCAGCAAAUGAAGAAAAAUGAGAAAUAGAAAAGAGCUCCACAUGGCAAGCCUAACCAUUUAUCAAAACUUCUGGUGGAGGAAGAGGCCGUCCAAGCACUAGAGGAUGGAGUCGCAGGGGCAGAGAGACAGGCAUUUAGCUAAAAAUUGCCCUAAUGAGGACAAUGCUGCUGGUGAUAGCUAUGGCCAGAAAGAAUGAGGCUGGGAGGGGGUUUAAGAGAGACUCAGCUCACGUUGAAGAAAGCCAUGGUCCUGAAUUUGAGGAGGGAACGCACUAUGAGGUGGUUCGACCGGUCAGACUUCACACAAUCAGAAAAAGACACGCAGAGUACCACAGACCAGACACUCUUACGUAUGCAAUGACUGUGGGCGGACAAGACAUAGAAAUGCAACUAGAAAGAAAUAAUGAAUUACUUACCAAAGAUUACUCUGAGUCUUACUACCAAGAAGAUGGGACUCGAGUCACCACAGUACCGAAUGACAUUGAUCACUGCUUCUAUCAUGGGAGGAUUGUGAACGACAGUGAGUCAUCUGUUAGCAUCAGUACCUGUGAUGGACUCAGGGGUUACUUCAGAACGUCUGCACAAAGGUACCUGAUUGAGCCAUUAUCCAGUGACGAUGAGGGGGAUCAUGCAGUGACGACAUUUAAUGAAAAGAACUUCACGCCUGCCGUGUGUGGGGUCACUAACACCAGCUGGAGUGACGACUAUGAACCUCCAACAAGCCGCAGCCGCUCUAGAUCAGGGAGUAUUUCUAUUGUACAGCAGCAGAAAUAUCUUGAGCUCGUCCUUGUUGCUGAUAACCGUGCGUAUGUGAAGAUGAACAGGGAUCAAAAGAAGAUGAGACAGAGAAUAUUUGAGAUUGUCAACUUUGUCAACAUGGUCUACAAACCUCUGAGGACCUUUAUUGCUCUGGUGGGGUUGGAGAUAUGGUCGAAUGGUGACCUGAUCUCUGUGACCCCCCCAGCAGGGGCAAACCUGGAUGCUUUCAUGAAGUGGAGAAACUCUGAGCUGGUGACGAGGAUAAAACAUGACAAUGCACAUCUUAUAAGUGGUAUCGACUUUGAAGGAGCAACUGUGGGUCUUGCUUUCAUCGGGACUCUCUGUUCUGGUCACUCUGUCGGGGUAGUACAGGAUCACAGUGACCGAGCCAUAGCAGUGGGAGCAACACUGGCUCAUGAGAUGGGCCACAACCUGGGCAUGAACCACGAUGACUCCAGUGGUUGUUUAUGUUCUGACGAUAGCUGCAUCAUGGCAGCAGCCCUCAGCUGGAAAACUCCUCGAAGCUUCAGUAGCUGCAGCAGCAGCAACUAUGAAAAGUACCUAACAAGCCGCAGCCCCAGCUGUCUGCUGGACAAACCAAACUACAAGAGUAUCGUGGCUCCCGCGGUCUGUGGAAACGGCUUCAAAGAGGAAGGAGAGCAGUGCGACUGUGGCUCUGUGCAGGAGUGCACCAAUCCCUGCUGCAACGCCACCACCUGCACCCUGAAAGAGGGUUCACAAUGUGCUGAAGGCGAGUGCUGUGAGAACUGUAAGAUCUUGCCUACCUCCAGACAGUGCCGUGCAAAGCAGGAUGACUGUGAUCUGGCAGAGUACUGUGAUGGGAAGAGCACGACCUGUCCAGAGGAUGUGUUUGCUGUGAAUGGGCUCCCAUGUGAUGGAGGCCAAGGGUACUGCUACAACGGCCAGUGUCCACAGAGACCUAAGCAGUGUGUCAAGAUGUAUGGAUCAGGUGCUAUUGAGGCCAGACAAGGAUGCUAUAACUACAACACCAGAGGAACCUACUAUGCCUUCUGUACACGCCCCUCAAAUGAUCAGUUCAUCCCCUGUCAGCAAGAAGAUGUUCUUUGUGGAAAGCUCUUCUGUGAAGGCGGUAAUGACAACCCAAACUACGGCCGGAUGGUCAGCAUCGGCACAUGCAAGGCAGCGUUCUUCUCAGACACCACCAGUGACCAAGGCCAGGUGGAAACGGGGACUAAAUGUGGAGAUGGAAAGGUUUGCAGUCAGAAUCAGUGUGUAGAUCUGCAGACAGCGUACAGAAACACCAACUGUUCAGCAAAAUGCCCAGGCCAUGCUGUGUGCAACCACAAAAGUGAGUGCCAGUGCGAGCCUGGGUGGAUGUCUCCCAACUGUGAUUCAAUGGACACACCUUUUAGUGGUACUGGAAAAAUUAUUCUCAUUGCAGUCAUGGUUACACUAGUGCUCCUAGGCAUCAUUGCAGCCAUCGCAGGAAUCAUCUGGAAAAAGCGUCAAAGUCCCAUCCUGCCAACUGCAGCAACUCAGAGGAAGCAGAUAGCUGUGCAGAACCCGGCUUACCACAGCAAACAGCCUCCACCCAGUUACCCUCCAUCAGGCCAACAGGCUGGCAGACUGAAGCUUAAAGGACCUCCACCUCCGCCACCUGCAGCAGGGACCAAACCCAAACCAGUCAUUCAGAUUCACAGAACUGCACCAGCUCCACCAGGGAACAAACCCACACCACCCAUUUCAAACUACGCAGCUGCACGGCAGGCUCUGAGGCCAGUUCCUCCACCAAAGGUCUGAUGUCUGCGUGGUGCCGUCUCUUAGCAGCUCUUAUUGCUCUCAGUAGGAGGCUGCUGCCACCGCUUUCUCUGUGCUGAAGCAAUAAUGACUCACAGAUUGCACGAGGAGCAGGCCAGACUCUGAUUGUUACUAGCAUGCCAUCCGCUGAGGUCUUCAUCGCUUUUUAUUUUCUAAGGCACUUUUUCAGACUGCAGGGUUAGAGAUACAGACAAUCUCUACUAGUGUUAGUAUCUCUAACAAGACAAGUGCAAGUACAGACAUCCCUGACUCUGAAUGUGACUCAAAACUCUUUGUGUCACAGUAAUUGCACAGAAUAUGAGUGUGUGUGCAUUACCUAAUGAAAAUGUUAUAACAGUUUUCAGAAUUUGUUACAGUUUCAUAUUUCAUUUGUGUUUUUAAAAUCCUUAUAAAUUUUGCUGACUUUGAUGUGACAGUCAAAAAUCUUACGCACUGUGGUGCGGGGAGUGCGAUUCUCUGUUGCACUCUACAGUGCUCUACUUUAAAGUGAAUGCACUCAGAGAACUCAAAGAAUGCACUUACCCCACCACUUGAACAUUAUAAAGCACCUUAAGUGUUUGCUUUUUUUAAAUAUUUUAAACCAUGCUUUCUCUCAUGAUACUGUAAAAGUUUGAGUUGUAUUUAUAUUUUUAUCUAAAUGUACAUAUUUAUCUACUUUGUUUACAAAAUCAGACUUCUGCAUGAGUAGAGAAAGAACAAAAGCAUGAUGCCAAAUGAGCUUCUUAUUGGUGCCUUUUUAGAAGCAGGACCACUAAACGUGUAUACAAGAUUAGGUCUCACAUGCAAGCGGUAAGACACAUAUCAGUUUGCCACACCAUUAAAACCAACGACUGUGAUGUUUUUAAAGUUGAUGUUGUAUAAUUCUUCUUAAUUCUUAUAUUGAAACAUUUUUUUACAUUUGUUUGCAUUAUGGUUGUUUCUCAAUAUUUUUUUUACUAUAAUAUUGUCCUGCUGUAUACUUUGUCCUAUGCACUUACUUUGUAAAGCGGGACCAUGCUGUACAAUGAUUAAAUAAAAUUGAUUAAGUCACUAACA